UAUCGGACUAUUUUAAAUACAUUUAAAAUAUUUAAUUAUUGACGACAGCUUCCCUGUUAUGUAUUCGUCAGUAUUUUCUUCUAGCCUAAUAUUUAACAAGCUUUCUUAUUGGAUACUCAUAUCUCGUUUUUUGAUUGGUCGUAGUAGUUUAUUUAACGACACUGCCAGUUAUUCGCGCCACUUCUUGAUUUUUGUUUGUAAGCGUCACUGUUUGAACAACAUUUUUGCAGUAGUUUGUAACAAGAAGAAUUGAACUAUCAAUUGUACAAGAUGAUGUCUUCGUUUGAAAUGUAAAAGCUAAAGAAGUUUUCGAUCAAACUUUCAUAGCCUUUUGGCUAGGAGGGUAACGAACAUUUUAUUUGUAUUGUGAACUUUUGAACUGUUGUAUGCAGCAGAGCAGAAUUGUUGCCAAAGUUUUUCAUCUUAGAAGAAUCGAGUUUUGUUGAACUUUUUGGUAUUUACUUCUGUUUGAGAAGAAUUGGUAUGCAGCCAGAGUAUUUCCAAUAAUUAUGUCAAAUUUGCGUAAAGGAAACAGGCCAAAUUACCGAAAAAUGCACGAAGGGGACGCAGAUUCGGAUCCAGAGCCGGAAAAUUUACAAACUCAGCAACCGGUGAAAGUUGAGAAAAAGUCCACGUCCGUUUCCUCCUUGUUGUUUGUUGAAGAAAAUAUCAGCGAGGACGACGAUAUGUUGCAGAUGAUGGCUGAACUAGAACAGUUAGAGAAGGAAGAAAUUCAGCUAAAGAAACAGCAGGAAAAGGAAGAGCUCCGCAUAAAAUUGAACAAGAAAAGGGCAGAGGUCAAGGCUUUAAAAGAAAUUCGUCCUGUUGUUAUUAUAGGAGAUUCCAUCAUUAAAAAUAUUUCUCCGGUCGAGGGAGUCAAGAUCCAGUCCUUUCCUGGUGCAACUAUUGGCAGAUUAGCUUAUUUGACUUAAGAUAUAAGGCCAGUAUAAGAUUAUUAGGUAAGAGGCUACUUCAGUUUAAUUUCCUUUGCAUGUUAAUUUGUGCUUUAUUUAUGUUUGCUUUGCCUUUGCUUAUUUUGGCUGUUGUUUGGCGGGUAUUUAUGCUUGUUGCAUUUAUGUUCAACAUUAUCUGUAUUGCAUGUUCGUUUAAUUAUCUGAUAAUUGAAUUGUCUUCUUGUAUUGCAUGUUUGCAUAUUUAUCUGAUAAUUGAAUAGUCUUACAUGUAUUGCUUGUAUAGUUAUUUGUUAAUAUAAUAGUCUUACAGUGACGCACAUUCAUUCAUUAAAAUUUAAUUAUUACUUUGAUUUGAGUCGUUAUUUAGCAAGGAAAAUAAUUGGACUAUUUUAAAUAUAUUUAAAAUAUUUAAUUAUUGACGACAGCUUCCCUGUUAUGUAUUCGUCAGUAUUUUCUUCUAGCCUAAUAUUUAACAAGCUUUCUUAUUGGAUACUCAUAUCUCGUUUUUUGAUUGGUCGUAGUAGUUUAUUUAACGACACUGCCAGUUAUUCGCGCCACUUCUUGAUUUUUGUUUGUAAGCGUCACUGUUUGAACAACAUUUUUGCCCGCCCGCCCUUCAACAAACCCAUUUAUGUAGUUGUUUUAUUAUUAUUAUCUAUUUAUUUAUUUAUUUAAUUUUUUUUCCCGUUUUGUUUUUACAUUCAUAUGUUCAUGUUGUUUAUUUGUCUUUCAUCUUUAUUUCAUUUCAUAUUGUGUUUUAAUAGUUAUUUCUUUAUUUAAUUUAUUGUUAAUAGUUUAAAAAUCAAUUGUUGUGCAUCCUAUGCUUUGCAUGAUUUGUUUACGGUCGUGAUUCAAUAUCAUUUAAGUUUAGUGUUAUAGGCGGGUAUUUAUGCUUGUUGCAUUUAUGUUCAACAUUAUCUGUAUUGCAUGUUCGUUUAAUUAUCUGAUAAUUGAAUUGUCUUCUUGUAUUGCAUGUUUGCAUAUUUUAUCUGAUAAUUGAAUAGUCUUACAUGUAUUGCUUGUAUAGUUAUUUGUUAAUAUAAUAGUCUUACAGUGACGCACAUUCAUUCAUUAAAAUUUAAUUAUUACUUUGAUUUGAGUCGUUAUUUAGCAAGGAAA